ACUCCUGCUCGACAGAUGUACUCGUCAACGUGGAAAAAGAAAAAAAAAAAAAAAGGCUUUUGGCUAAAUCUCCCGUUUCGACCCGCAGCUCUGAAAGACCCGUGCACGGAGGUGACCUGCAGCUACGGCAGCACCUGCGUCCAGUCGUCGGACGGCCUGUCGGCUAAAUGCGUGUGCCCCCUGAGCUGCGACGGCAAGCCCGGCGAGACGGUGUGCGGCAGCGACGGCAAGGACUACGCCAACCGGUGCGAGCUCCACCACCACGCGUGCAAGAACCAGAAGAACAUACGAGUGCAAUACAAUGGAGCCUGCGACCCUUGUAAAGACAGCGAGAACAGUUUGAACACCAUCUGCCGAGUGAUGGCUGUCACCCGCCUGCCUCAGAUCCACAAGCCACCCGAGUCCUGCCCACCAGGAAACGAGCCGCUGUGCGCCAGCGACGGCCGCACAUACGCCAGCGAGUGUGCCAUGACAGCCACGGGCUUUCAGAAGGGCAUCAGCCUCAGGAAGAUCCAUAACGGACAAUGCAGAAAGUCGGACAUGUGCAAAGAGGAUUGUCUGUUCAACGCCGUGUGUGUGGUGGAGCAGCCCGGUGCCCGCUGCUCCUGCGACCCCAUCGAGUGCGACGACACCUACAAGCCCCUGUGCGGCAAGGACGGACGCACCUUCCCCAACGACUGCCUGCGACGCAAGGCGCAGUGCUUGAGCAAGAGCCUCAUCCCCAUCAAGCACCCGGGGCCCUGUGAUCUCAACACGCCGAGCCCGUGCCUGACGAAGACGUGCGAGCACGGCGCCGUGUGCGUGGUGAAGAACGACGAGCCGGUCUGCGAGUGCACCGAGGCCUGCCCCCAGACGUCCGACCCGGUGUGCGGAUCCGACGGCCAAAGCUACAGCAGCCCCUGCGAGAUGCGAGUGAUGAGCUGCACGCUGCAGAAGCACAUUCGCACCCAGCACAAAGGACCAUGCGAUGAAGCGUGCACCAACUGCUCCUUCGGGGCGAUCUGCGACGCCCAGAGCAGACAGUGCGUGUGCCCGUCGGAGUGCGUCGACUCGCACCAGCCCGUGUGCGGCAGCGACGGCACCACCUACGACAGCGAGUGCGAGCUGAAUGUGCGGUCCUGCAGAGAGCAGCGGGAGCUGCGGGUGGUCAGCCAGGGAGAGUGCAAGACGUGCGGCGACACCGUCUGCGGCUGGGGUGCCCGGUGUGUGGAGAAAGAGUGCGAGUGCCCGCAGUGCACGGGCGAGGCCGGCUCCCCGGUGUGCGGCGCUGACGGCAUCACCUACGACAGCGAGUGCGAGCUGCUCAGGGCCUCUUGCACGCAGAGGAGGAAAAUUGACGUGGCGAAGCCCGGCAGCUGCGAGGAAGGUAGGAAAUGGACUUUGAAAUGUUGUAAUUAUGUUAACCGAUCAGCCAUUGAAGUGGUGUAAUUAACUUUACCAAG